CGGACGGGUGCGCCGGGCGGCGCGCGCUGCCAAAGUUUUCUCUCCGCUGCCGGACGCUCGUCGGUGGGCCGCCAGUGCGAGCGGCGCGUGGCCGGCGACCGCGCUUCGCUCACAAGCUGGGGCCCGUUUUGACCGCCGAGACCGUUUCACCCACUUCCGUGAAACGCACCGCGCUCCGACAAGCAUGCCUGCAGUGCGUCGGGCUGGCAACGUUCGUGUGGCUGGUCAGCAUUUCAGGGCUACGGCGCUGGGCAGGUGGCGCUAGGACAGAUCAGAAAAUUUCAGCGCUGACUCCUUAUACACAAAGGAGCAGCGCGGUGGAGCCUUGGACGACUUGGACGAAAGAAAUGUAUCCCAUCCUUUCCUUCAUCGUGCUUUACGCCAUCGCAACGAAUAGGGCAGCCCACGGCCUGGACUGCUUCAAGUGCGUGUCGCUGGAUCGUGAGAACCCGGCGUGUGAGGACCCCUUUCACAACAACUACACGGCCGACCUGCUCGAGUCACCCUGCAUGUCGUCGCGAAAGAACCGCAACGGGCUCUUCCCGGCCACUGCCUGCAUCAAGCUCAACGGCGUCUACGAGGAGACGGGGCAGACGAUGGUGGUGCGCAGCUGUGCUCUCGACAGCGGGACGCUGACCGUGGACACGGAGAUCGUGCGCAUGAGUCACUGCGGCGGCUUCUACUUCGAGGACCGCUACGUGCGGGGCUGCCUGCAGAGCUGCUUCGAGGACGCUUGCAACGCGGCCGGUGGCGGCCCUCACAGGCGUCCACUGCUCAUGCUGAUCGCGCUCUUCCUCGCCUCAGCCGCCAAGCUCGCGUUGGCACGCUCAUAGGACGCCUGGGCGAAGGCUGCUACCAAAGACUUGUUGAUGCAUCUCAUGCCGCGUGCAGUGUUGGCGGCUACAGGCGGGCAUGCAUGUGUGCGCACGUGCGUGUGUGUCUAUGAUUCAGCCUCGUGUGUAUAGGGGACUCCCGUGUGAGGAAGGGACCAGAAAAUAAGCGCGGUGUGUGCUCCCCUUGCUGACGCAUCUGUACAUCCUAUAAAGUGCGCGUGAAAAUGUGUGGUCCUGAGUGCCGUCGGCGUUUGCCAUUUACGUUUUUAUGAUUUUUUUUCUUGUUGCACGCUUGUCAGUCACCCGCUCACGGUAUCGUCGCUUGUGCUGUAUCGCUUUCUCCGCUGUUGCGAGAAAACAGGAGCGAGGGGAAGGGCAGGGUCAUCAAACAGAUGGGAGUAUUUGGUUCGCUACCCUGUGCUGGGGGAGGGAAAACGAGGUAGAAAGAUAAUCGCAAGAGAGAUGGAAAUGGCAACUGUGGAAGGCCCGCGCAAAGUGUACCACGCGGUUGGUUGGUGCGCUGCUGCCCAUCGCCCUGUGUCCUGUGUUAAGGCUAGCGCCGCAUCGAGGCCCUCUGAGGCUUGACGGCUAAGCGCAGCCGGUCGACCGGCUAUUUAGCUGAGUCGGAGCCACUGAGCAGCAACCUUGUCAUUAAAGCGCGCAGUGACGUCCGCUAGAAGCCACAUCCACUGCAUUUCCGCUUUUUUCGAUGAAAAUUGUUGUAACUAAAGAAAACCAACAUUCAAAUUAACCGCAACAGUAAACAUUAGGCCGGCGUCGUAUGUUAUAACCAGUGAUUAAGAAUACGGGCUUUACGGCUAUUCGCAAUACCAUUGCGUGAGGUUCAUAUACAAGCAGAAGCGCCGCAUUCUCAAACCAAAUAAAACGUCCCAGCGUCACUUGAGUCCUCCCGUGCACGUUUUUAAUUAUAGCUGUGCCUAUAGUUAUAACGAAUGCGCUAUAAAGUAGAAAACGCAAAUUAAGCCAAAUAAUAUACAGGGCGCAGCAAAUGUUUAAAGACUUUAUGGCGCCGUAAAACAUAAAAUCGGGGCAAAUAACUUGGGCGCUCCACUUGUGCCGUUAAAAGCGAGCAAAAAAGAAAAAAAAGAGACAUUAUUCCCCUUGACUGUAACACAAGUCCUUAGCCGUUUUACGCAGGCAUCCAUGGAGACCUGAAGGAACACUUUAGGAACAUCAAGUCCUAUACUAUGGAGCAGAGCACAACGUUUUUUUUUUUUUUUUUUUAAGUAUUGCGGGUCUCGUUACCCAAAUGCCCUCAUGUGAAGGUAUCGUCAUAAAUAAUUCAAGGCGAUUUUAGAGGCAACCAUUCUACCGAGACAACUGAAGUUGCGCUGUGUGGGUGCUUUCUGCGGGCGCGCUUCUGUGUCAUAGCCAUGUACAUGAACCUGUAAAAAAAAAAAAAUAGCACGACCUCGUUGGUAACCGUAUUUGUUAAUUGAUGAAACGUUGUCAUCCAUGGACAUUUUCCCCUUCUGAUCGACUAGAGACACGA